UUCAUGUAUACUAAAAUGUGGGAUAUAUAUGCAGGUGAACUAGUUAAAGUCAUCGAAGGUAGUUGGUACGUGAUCAUGAAAGGUGUACGACUGAGAAGCGUUGUUAGUGACCCAAGAUUUUCUGUAGUCUCUUGUGGUCUGAUCCUUACUUUGUGCUAUGUAGUGACGGAGUUAUUUGAGUUAAAAGGCACAAGUACAGGAGAAGCUGGCAUUAAAAAACUGGUCUUUUCCAAGGAAAGUAGCAACACUGGUUUCGGUAGGAAGCUGUUACAGUCAGAUAAUGGAUUUGAUAUGAAUCGUAUUACUUCAAGUGCAUGCUCAAAAGAGGACAUUGCAAUCUUCCAAGGACCAAUAGCCCCACUUCCUAAUGGGAUUCCCUCAUACGCAGUUCAGAUUCUAAACGCCCGCGUUUCAGGCUGCAGCAUCUCCCACAUUCAUGUCAAAUGUGGAUGGUUUAGCUCUGCCCGCUUGGUCAAUCCUAGAGUGUUCAGGAGACUAUACUAUGAUGAUUGCCUGGUCAACAAUGGUGAGCCUCUUGGCCCCGGCGAAACACUCUCCUUCCAGUAUGCCAAUAGUUUCCGUUAUGCUCUCUCUGUUUCAUCUGUCGUUUGCUGCUGAACUUAUUUUGCUUUUCCUUUUCUUUUGGUUUUUUAUUUUGUUUAAUAAAAUGUAUAAUGUAUGUAUCUAUAGUGAAAUAUUAAUAAUAGUUGACCUAUAAAUAUUUUGCCCAGUGUGGCUUGUA